AUGUGUCUCUACUUCCCCUACGGCGGUUUCUUUUCCUGCGGAUGUGAUCUCCACCCCGGCUUCGUCGCCCUUUGCAACUACAACUGCCACCCCUCCCAACGCCAACGAGCCCCCUUAUCUAGGGAUGCGUAUGGACAAGUGUUCCACAGCUUUGGCGAGAUGUGUCCCGAGUGUUACCGGGAUGGGUGGGAUCAUGUGAGGGGAAGAGGAUCCGAACGGACAGGUAUCGUGAAGGACUCGCGGCAUAAGCAAGUGUUCUCGAUUGUCAGCGAUGGGUUCAAGGGGUUGGCCACGAGGAGUCCGCCAUGUGUCUUCGGUAAUCAGUGCGGUGAUUUCGCCAGUACUUGUGCUGACCCGUGGACGGCACCGAUGUUCGGUUCGGCUCACUUCCGUAAGGCUGAGGAGGAACCGUGCCGCCACGCUUAUGGAUCCAACCGCAAGUUACGGCAACACACCCAAAACCGAGCCGUCUUACCCCAGAAGCGUGGCUGCCCGCUAGAACAAGCCACCGAAAUGAUGGGCUGCGGUAUAUAUCUGCCAAAAUGA